UUAUAUACAAAUGCAGCUCACAAUAGUUAAAAGGUUGAACAUUUGAAACCAAUCCAUAAUUUAGAGAUUAUUUUUACCCCAGAUAUUUGUGUUAGUUUUUUAGAGUUUCGACUCAACGAUUGCUAUAUACGGUGCGUUACAUAAAGAAUAUAAAUAUUAUUAUCUUUGCAUACCCUAUUCUGUCCAUCUGAUAAGUGUAAAGUAUAAUAAUGAUUAUCGUAAUAUCCUACCGACUAUUAUAUUUCUGGUCGGUGUUUCUUGAUUUACUCUAAAUUUUCCGGUAAAAUAUAUUAAAUUUAUUAUACAGGAACAUUUGGACGACGUCAAAAUGUUAAUAUUUCUCGAUAUGCACUCAUAGUGACCGAUUAAACAAACUUGUAGUUUAUAUUUAUUAUGAACAGUUUUCGGAAGUUAUAUCUACUUUUUUAAUUGUUAAAACAUAGAUUCAUACACUAUCAUAAAGUAUUUUGAAAAUCGUGAUAUAUUAUUGACGUCCCAGUUCUUCCAGUAUCUACAGUUUAUAUACUUAUAUAUUAUAUAAAUAAUUAUUUUCAACGAAGCACUGUAAAAAUGAGUACAAAGUUCUCCGAUAAUGUUUUAGUGGAACCUAUUCCUUCGAAAAAAAUAGAAAUUCAAAAAUAUCGUACACCAUGUGAAGCGUACAAAAUAGACCGCAAGGAUGAUAAUGAAAUUAAGAAAUCCGAAGAAAGCUCCAAAGAGCAGCCACGCAGUGAUUUGGACCAGUACAAAUUACAGCAGCAUAUUUGUAAGCUGGACAAAUUAGGUAAAUCGAUUCAGUCUUUACCGGGAAAACGGGUACUGGACAAAAACACGUACGGUCGGUUAAAAAAUGCUGCCGUGGUGGUCACUGCGGAAGAACGGCGAAUGGCUAAUCAACAGCGCAUUGCCAACGAAGAACGGCUUAAAGCUGAAAGCGAAGCCAGGAAAGAAUAUUUACAAAAGUUUAACAUGUUUAAGACUAAAGGGCCAAAACUUGCUCAGUUAGAUGAAGAAGCAAACAAAAAGACUAACUAUUUACUGAAUAGAGCAUAUGAAUUAAGGCAGGAACAAGAGUACGAAAUAAAACAAUGCAAUUCGUUAAUAUUGAGUACCAAAUGCCAUGCAAUAAGAUGUGCGCAAAUUGAAGAAAAAGAACUUAUACAAAAAGAAAUGAAACAAGAACAACGCAGAUCGGAGGAAAUCAUGGAACAACAGCGUUUAUUGGCAGCUAAGAAGUACGAAAAAGCGGUAGAAGCUGACAGAUUAAAAAAAAAAUUACAAGCAACAGAAAUUGUACAACAGAUGAAAGAAAAUGAGAUUACUAGAGAAUGGGAAGCUGCUAGAGCUUCAGAAGAUGCAAGGGUUCGUACAGAAGCUGCAAUUGAGGCUCAGCGGGCUGAAGUGAUAGAUUACAGGGAUAAAUUGAUAAAACAAGCUGAGAUGAGAAAAGAAUUUUUACAAAUUAAUGCGCAGCUAAAAGACUUAAAAUCAAUCGAAAAAGAAUUAGUCAAAGUUGAAAUCUUACAGAUACAAGCAUACGACAAAAAAAAGAAUGAACGGGAAAUGGCAUAUGAAGAGGAGAUGAAAAAACUCAAAAUGUCUAAGGAAAAAGAAAUCGCCAAGAUUCAAGCAAAUCAAAAGGCCACGCAAGAUUUUCAGGCCGCAAAAGAUGAGCUAAAUGCGCUCCGAACACAAGACAAAGUAGAACGAGAGUGGCGACGUAAGGAACACGAAGAGGCUGUAAGAAAAAUAAAACAAAACGAAGAUUUGAAGGAAGCUCGGCGACAACAAAUUGAAGGACAGAGGGAAAGUUAUGCUUUCGAAAUACAAAGGGAAAAAGAAGAGUUUGACAAAAUUAUUAAACUCAACGUAGAGGACAUCGAAAAAACCAAAGAAUCUGAUAGACAAACUAAAAUGAAACUUGAUGAACAUAGGAAAAAUUUACUGAAGCAGAUUAGUGAAAAAGAAUUAGAAAGAAUCAAGGAAAGAAAAGACUUUUUUCAGGAAGGCAUCACAUACCAACAAGCAGAAGCUGCCAGGGAAAAAGCAUUACGUAAUACAAUGCAAAAGAAAAUCGAUGGGCUUAGGGUACAUAAAUUACCGACGAAGUAUGUACAAGGCAUCGAGAGACAAUUAAAAUUAAGAGACUAAUAUUGCAACAAAAGUGGUUAAUAAAAAUACAUCUCAAUUUAUCUAUAACUGUUAUUGUUGAAUAAUAUUAUUUAUAACAUAAAAUAAAAUAAAUUGGAAACCAUACAAUAAAAAUAUGUUUUCUGUAAAUAAUUUUAUUUUUAAGAGCGAGUUUCAAAUAAUCAAAGGAGGAACUCAUUACUCAGUCUAAGAAACAUUAUAAAUAUACCACGUGUCGACGUGGGGCUAAAAAAAUGAUAUAAUAAAUAAUAUUAUGACGAUACCUGUAUCUAUGAGAACAUUAGGUACCUAUAUGAAAUGACGCUAUUAUU